AUGCUUCUGUUUGUGCUGUUGAGUGUAAAGAGCAGCUACAGCCUAAAUUACCUCUUCACAUGCCACUUUCUCUGCACUCAUCCAUCAGUUGACACUGUGUUGGAGAAUGGGCACAUAACCUCACCUGAACCCCUCACCGGCUCCUCUGUGACGGUGAAAGAGAUGGGGCAGACACCGCGGGGGCUCGUCCAGGAAAAACACCAGUCUGAGUGUUUCCGUCCAGACGCGACGUGA